UCAAGGAGCCGCAGGGGGAAAAAAAAUGGAAAAUGAGAGCAAGAGGAAGAUGAAGGAGAGAUUUGGCCUGAGGCGGGACAUCUUUAAGGAGUUCCUGGCGGAAUUUCUAGGGAUAUUUGUCCUGAUACUCUUUGGAUGUGGUUCAGUGGCCCAGACGGUCCUGAGUAAAGGGGCUCUUGGGGAGCCCUUGACCAUCCACAUUGGUUUCUCUCUGGGAGUCAUGAUGGCUGUCUACAUGGCAGGGGGAGUGUCAGGAGCCCACGUGAACCCAGCAGUCUCUCUGGCCAUGGUGAUCCUGGGGAAGCUUCCUCUGAAGAAGUUCCCUGUGUAUGUGGUGGCACAAUUCCUGGGUGCUUUUGCUGGAUCCUGUGCUGUCUAUGGGUUGUAUUAUGAUGCUUUGAUGGAAUAUACCAAUGGAGAAUUUGCUGUUACUGGUGCAAAUGCCACGGCCAACAUAUUUGCAUCUUAUCCAGCAAAACAUCUCACAGUCCUGAAUGGGUUUGUAGAUCAGGUAAUUGCAACUGCAGCACUAAUCCUGUGCAUCCUGGCCAUCACUGACAAGCGGAAUAUCGGUGCUCCAAAAGGCAUGGAGCCUCUGUGCAUUGGCCUGAUCAUCAUGGCCAUUGGAGUGUCCAUGGGUCUGAACUGCGGCUAUCCAAUCAAUCCGGCACGAGACCUGGGCCCACGGUUCUUCACGGCUGUAGCUGGGUGGGGGAUGGACGUAUUUAGAGCUGGAGGUUGCUGGUGGUGGAUCCCUGUGGCGGGGCCUAUGGUAGGCGGAGCAGUAGGAGCAGGUGUUUACUUCCUCUGCAUUGAGUUGCACCAUCCCGAGCCUGAAAAACAGGAGGAGAACAACGUCCAGGACAAAUAUGAAAUGAUAACUAUGAGUUAAAAUUUAGAACAAGGGUAGCAGUGCGAAGCAACAACGCAGCUGAUUUUCACCCUCAAAAAGGCAAAAAAUGUCAUCUAGAUGAAGCAGUUUUAUACAUUUGUUAUUUAAAAAUUCAGAGCAAAUUUGCAGUUCAUAUUUAAUACAAAGCAUGCAUCUGACUACACAAUUUCAUAGUCAUUUAUAAAAUAUGCAUGAGUUUUAUGAAGCCUUUAACGUCUCUUUUUGUAAAAGUUCUGGUCUAUUUAUAGUUCCUCGGUUUUAUCUGCCUGGGGCUCUUUCAUAUUUCAAAAUAUUAUAGUAGCUUGAUAAACAUGUUCUCUUUAGACAUCAAGAUGUUCCUACUAUGGAGUGUUUCCUCUACAUUGUAGUCAUGCAGUAUUGUUCAUAAUCUCCUAUUUCCUAACUAGGAUCUUUUCCUCUCACUAGAAGUAUUUGCCAAGUUUCUGUACAGCAUUUUUAUUUUUACUACUGUCUACCUAACCAACACGUAUUUAAUAUGUAUAGCACUUUUUAAAAAGUUGAUUUAAUGUGGAAAUGUUGUAAUCUAUAUAACUUUUAGCCAACUAAUGUGUUUGAUGGACGGACUUCCUUCUUCUGUUUGACUUCGUCCUUUGCAUGUGCGUGUGACUGAUUGCUUUAUCUAGCUUACGGCGUUGGAGUUUUUAUUACAUGUUUAUAUAGAAAAUCCAGCCUUAAAUGAUUUUCCUGGCAUUGCUUAGUUAUUCAGUCUUCUCCAUAAUUUUGCAGCACACAAACUUUACUUGUGUUAUACUGCUGGAUUACAGAUGUACUCAUUACGGACACCCUUGAUAUUGACAAGCCAUAACUUAACAUAACAGACAUAAUUAAGACAUGUAAAUGUCUGCAAAUUUAAAAAAAAAAAACAGGUUUAUUUUGUUUCCAGCAGAAGCUUUUUGCUAAUGUUACUGGAACCCUUGGUGAAUUGUGUCAGUGAACAUGCUGUAUUAGGGGCAACAUGCAAACACUGACAGUGUAAUAAUAAUAAUAAUGUGUAACAAAGCACAAGAAAGGAACAAUAAUACUUGGAAAUGUAAAAUGGACUCUCUCUCUUAUUAACUGUGUUGUUGUGAUUCAUAACGCUUCUUAUCGUGUGAAUUUUCUAAGACAUGUUUUAGAAUAAAAAACUUGUUACUGAAAGACAACAGUAUGCAUACAGACCUAUGCUGAUAUUAAUGUUGAUAUCUGCUUAACAUGCAUUUGUACUUACACUAAUACACUAAUUUGUACAUACACUAUAUUACUUACACUAAUUGUGGGAUUAUAUUGCACUGCACUGAAUGUCAUUUUACAACACCUGACAAUUACUUAAAUUCAUUUGUUUGUUUUACUUUUGUGAAACAACAUAAUGUGACAAAAGGCAGAAGCACAGAGACGCUCUUCUCUGAGAUGGAUUAAACAUGCACUGCAUCAUUUGGUCUGCUUUCACCAGAACAAUCCUAACACUCAUGGGGAGUGCCCAUUAUACUUCAGACCCUGUAUGGCCUAUGUUUGAAUCAGAAUAAUUACAUUUUGUUUGAAAAGGAGUUGAAGGUGUUUGUUUCACUGAAUCUAUCCAGCUGGUCAGUGACAUGGUGUAUAUUUUGUCUCUCCCUGUCACACACUUUGAUUUCAGUGUUUCGGUCCAGAGUGGUAGCCUGUCAGGAAGUAACAUUUAAAUAUUGUUUGUAUGUCUUUUGUUGUUGCUUA